AUGCGCAAUAUUAUUGAACAAAGUGAUAGGGAAAAGCAAAAAAACUCAUUCCUUCUGGAAUCUUUGAAACAGGAACUCGGUAAGAGACACUACACUACACCCUUUUUUGAAAUCACUUUGAACACGUUUCCUUCGCAAAAGCUACUUUUUGGGUUAAAAGACACUGAGGUUGUGUAUUUGGAUUACUACAGGACUUGUGUAUCUCAAACAAUAUCGAUAUUACCAAAAGAGUCGAAUUUUUUCUUGAGUCUAUAUCUACCGCUUGCAGAAAACAACAAGUCAAUCCUGUAUGCAUUGAUAGGGUGGGCAGGUGUCUUUUUAAAUGAUGAGUCAAAUCAACAUAUACCUUUAGACUACAUCAAGAAAUCAGUAAUAUUAUCCAAACAAGAAUUAGGUAAAGAGCCAACUAAAAGUGAAAAGCUGGCAAUUUUUUCAUUAUAUACCAUUUUGUGUGCAGUACUGAUAUGUGCAGGAGACGUUAGAGAAUGGUACAAAUACUUCAAAACUUUGCAUAAGUUCUUGUUGGACCAGUCAAACGGAGAUUUGAAGGAAAUUAAAAAUUGUAUGGGUGAUUUUAAAGAAACAAAGUGGCUUGUAUCAAAUUUUUUAUAUCAUGAUGUUCUUGCAAGUAUAAGCCAUAUUGAAGGAACAUGCUUCACAAUGGCUGAGUAUUGUCAAAUACUGGAUAUAACCAUGUCAGACCCGGAACCUGUUAAAAUGAUCGAUAAUGACCUAGUCUGUGACCCAUUACAGGGUUGUGUGCGACCGGUAUUUUUGUUAAUUGGAGAAAUUACGAAUACAUUCGUCAAAUUGAAGAAUGCAGAAAAACGAUUAAAGGAAUUGGAGGAAGCGUACAAAUAUGAAGAAUUUUCGAAAGCAAGAAACAAAGUGUACAGCCAAUUGGAAAAAAAGUAUGAAAGUUUGCAAACGCUUCUGAAAAACACCAAACCACAUGCAAUGUCUCUUUGUUACUUGAAAAGUGAUAAGGACCUUGAACAUCAUCUUACGUUGUUUGAAGCAUUUAGAUUGAGUGCUUUGAUUUAUCUCAAAACUUUGGUUAAAAAAAUUCCACCUGCCUCUCCAGAAAUUCAGAUUUUGGUUGUUGAGUUGCUUCCUUGUAUUAGUAUUAUCCUUGGAUCUAAAGUUCAAGCCUCACUUUGUUUUCCAUUGCUUGUGGCUGGUAUGUCAUGUAUUUCAAAAUGUGACCGUUCCUUUAUCGCGGAAAAAGUGUUGCAGAUGUCAAACUCUUUUCCUGUGAAAAACUUUCAAAGAAUUUUGGUUAUUAUAGAACACACCUGGAAAAUUAAUAAGGAAGGUCUCAAGUGCGUUUACUGGUUUGAAAUUUCAACGAAGUUUGGUUGGGCCUUAUCUCUGGCAUGA